AUCCACUGCGGCGGGCGCCGAUCCAACUGACUCUUCCUGAUUGAGGAUAGUUUUGCUUACUUUGUAUAACGAAAUCUUGCGCUGCUGAUGGCUUGGCUGUGUCCGACCGCAACGUGAGCUGGUCACGACGUAGAGUGCAAAAGUAUAAAAUACCCGGCACUUUCCUGGCUCUCGCCGAUGGGUCCCUCUGCCCCACCUAUAUACAGGCCGUCUUGGCACACCUCUUUUUCCCAGGUAUUCGGAACGCAAAUUUGUAAUUUAUUUUAUUUCAUUUCGAAAUGUCAUGGAGGGUCCUAUACACAGAGUCUGACUCGCUGCUGCAGUCAGCAUCACGACCAUGGUCACCUGCGGGCAGAAGCGUCAGCGCGAGCAGUGGCUCUACCGGCAGCACAGCAUUUGACCCCGCUGCAGAAGACCGCGUUCUAGGGAUUACUGGCAUCCCGAGCGAGAUAGACAACAAGGGCAGCACUGCGCGCGAUUUCUAUGCGGCCGAGCGCAACUUCCUGAGCUGGUUCCGGCUUGGGCUUGCAAUCAUGGCCACAGGCAUGGCUGCGCUUGCCGACUUUAAUGGCUCAAGAAACUCGUUCCCAGAUAACAUCGAGUUUUCCCGCUUCUACUACUGGCUGUCUGACUUUGUCGACCAGCAUACCACGGGCCUUGGUCUGCUACUGUUCUUUCCUGGCGGCUGUCACUAUUGUGGCAUCAAUGGCUUCAUUUGCUCAUGUACAUGCGCAGCUGGCGGUGAAACGCCGGCCGCUGCGGUGGUCAGGUGCUCUCCUGAUUGCUCUGGCGUUUAUCGUCGCUAUAACCACCACCAUCAUCGCGCUGUCCACGCUGCUGUCACGACAAGCGUAAUAUAGACCUCCCGAGCAACGCUUGUUCACAUGACCGCACGAACUCGCUCUUGUGUAUUUUUCAUUUUUGUUAGACUCAGAUAAUUACAUCACUACUUGAUGCAUGCCCUGGGCCGUGGACUCCACUGGCCAUGUGCAGCUAGGUGGCCAAAACUGCACGCUUGGUUUGGAAGCCCUGUUUGUUAUAGCUUUGAGUGGGUCUAUAGCAUGGACAAACCAGGGCAUUUGAUAGUGACCGUCGCGCUCGCAGAUGGACGGAAAAGGCAGACGAUUGGCAUUCGCAGGGGUGAUCUUCGUCAAGUAUACCGCCUAUGCUGCGAACCACAACGACCCAAGUCCAUCCACUCAGGGCUAGGCACCGCUGGUGAGGAGAGCGAUGGUAGCAUGGCCACUUCUGAUGUUGCCAAGCCAGAGGUAAGACUUUAUUGUGAUAGAAGCACUGUGGAUAUCGGGGUCAGGAUACCUCUAAAAAUAGAAAACCAGGCAUGCA